UCAAUGAGACGAAAAAUUCACAGAACAUGCAGAACACACAGCACAGCUGCUAGAUAACUAAAUAGCGCAAAAUAAGACGUGUAUCCCGCACACUACUCUAUUCUUCAGUUUUUCGAGUCUCUUCGUUGAUCAGAUCUGGUGGGCAAAAUGGAUGAAGGAGAGUUAGUGGAAUACUUCGAAACUCAAAUGAGUCAAGAUCCAGAUGUUGCUUCAGCAGUGGCCGCAAUUCGCUCUCUCCUGGAGUUCCUGAAAAGAGACCAAAGUGAGACAAUCUUGGGCCUGAGAGAGAACAUGACGCGGGCUAUCGGCCGGCUGCAGGAGGCGGACUCCUCGGUGGCCGUGUCCUCAGGAGGAGAGCUCUUCCUCCGCUUCAUCACCCUCACAUCACUGGAACAUCCGGACCUCUCUCAGUGCAAGAAGGUGAUGGUUGAAAGAGGGGAACUGUUCCUGAAGAAGAUCUCACUCUCCAGAAACAAAGUGGCCAAACUUUGCCACAAUUUCAUCAAAGACGGAGCUAAAAUCCUGACCCACUCAUCAUCCCGCGUGGUGCUGAAAGUGCUGGAGAAUGUGGCAGCGGAUAAGAAACGCUUCAGUGUCUAUGUUACAGAGUCCCAACCAGACUCCUCAGGAAAUCAGAUGGCCGAGAAGUUACGAAAGCUAAAUAUCCCGGUCACAGUCAUCCUGGAUGCUGCAGUGGGGUAUGUAAUGGAGAAGGUAGACCUUGUGAUAGUUGGGGCAGAAGGAGUUGUGGAGAGUGGAGGCAUUAUUAAUAAGAUUGGCACCUAUCAGAUGGCAGUGUGCUCUAAAGCCCACAAUAAGCCGUUCUACGUGGUGGCAGAGAGCUUCAAGUUUGUCAGGCUCUAUCCCCUCAACCAGCAAGAUGUUCCUGAUCGAUUCAAGUACAAAGCUCAAACCCUUAAAAACGUAGAGGACCUGAAUAAAGAGCACCCUAUGAUCGACUACACCCCUCCUUCCCUCAUCACCCUGCUGUUCACCGAUCUGGGAGUUCUCACUCCGUCAGCCAUCAGCGACGAACUCAUCAAGAUUUACCUAUGAGUCUUCCCCAUCCCACAUGACCGCAGGGAGAUGGGAAUGACCGUUGUGCACUUAAUGGCAGCUGUGCUACGCCUUUCUGCUGAUGGUGCUUUGGCCUGGGUGACUCUGCAUAUUUUGCAAGCUUGUUGUGUAAAAUAAAAACGGAAUAUCAGGAGA